AUGGUGACGGUUAUCCUGCAGCCCGCAGGCCGCUGCAGCUGGGACGAGCCCGUGCGCAUCGCCGUGCGCGGCCUGGCCCCGCGACAGCCCGUCACGCUGCGCGCGUCCCUGCGCGACGAGAAGGGCGCGCUCUUCCGGGCCCACGCGCGGUACCAAGCCGACGCCGGCGGCCUCCUGGACCUAGCGCGCGCGCCCGCGCUGGGCGGCAGCUUCGUGGGGCUCGAGCCCAUGGGGCUGCUCUGGGCCCUGGAGCCGGAUAAGCCUUUUUGGCGGUUUGUGAAGCGGGACGUGCAGACGCCUUUCGCCGUGGAGCUGGAGGUGCUCGACGGCCACGAGCCGGACGCCCGGCGCGUCCUGGGCCGGGCGGUGCACGAGCGCGACUUCCUGCGGCCGGGCGUGCGGCGGGAGCCGGUGCGCGCGGGCCGGGUGCGCGCCACGCUCUUCCUGCCCCCUGGACCUGGACCUUUCCCGGGGAUCAUUGACAUCUUUGGAAUUGGAGGGGGCCUCAUGGAAUAUCGAGCCAGCCUUUUGGCUGGUCAUGGCUUUGCCACGUUGGCUCUAGCUUAUUAUAACUUUGAAGAUCUCCCCAAGGAAAUUGAUGGCAUACACCUGGACUACUUUGAAGAAGCCCUGUGCUACAUGCUUCAACACUCCAAGGUAAAGGGCCCAGGCAUUGGGCUUCUGGGCAUUUCUUUAGGGGCUGAUAUUUGUCUUUCCAUGGCCUCAUUUUUGAAGAACAUCUCAGCCACAGUUUCCAUCAAUGGAUCUGGGUUCAGUGGAAACAGAGCCAUAUACUACAAGCAGACUUGCAUCCCAUCAUUGGGCCAUGAUUUUAGGAGAAUCAAGGUAGCUUUCUCAGGCCUCCUGGACAUUGUGGAUAUUCGGAAUGAUAUUGUAGGAGGACAUGAGAACCCCAGCAUGAUUCCAAUAGAGAAGGCCCAGGGGCCCAUCCUCUUCAUUGUUGGUCAGGAUGACCAUAACUGGAGGAGUGAGUUAUAUGCCCAAAUAGCCUCCAAACGGUUACAGGCCCAUGGAAAGGAAAAACCCCAGAUCAUCUCUUAUCCUGGGACUGGGCAUUUUAUUGAGCCUCCUUACUUCCCCCUAUGCCCAGCUUCUGUGCAGACAUUAGUGAACAAACCUGUAAUCUGGGGUGGGGAGCCCAGGGCUCAUUCUAAGGCUCAGGAAGAUGCUUGGAAACAAAUUCUAACCUUUUUCUGCAAACAUCUUGGAGGUACCCAGAAUAUAGCUUCCCCUAAAUUGUAAUGUGUUGGUCUGUUACUGACAUGAGAAAUUCGAGGUCAGAUUCUGGUAUUUAAUAAUCAUAUGUGAAUCAGUUGUCCCCUGGAUAAUGUUAAAUUCAUGUCAUGGAUAUUAAUGAUGUAUUUUAGGUAACAUUUUUAAUACAUUAUGUUUUCAUUAGUUUUACUAAUGUAA